CUCGCCUGGCCGCUCGCCGCCGCGGAGGGGCGGCGCUGCCUCCCCGCACUCCCCCGCCCGGCGCCCCCGCUUCGUCUCCGGGAAGGGCGCGGGGACCCCCACGCUUCCCCCUCGGCACGGCGGCGGAGUUCGAGCCCGCGGCUGCGGCUGGGGUGCGAUGCCGUGUUAGCCGGCGGCCCGCCCCGAGGUAGCGCCGGCGGGAAGGAUCGCGAGUUGCCGGGGCUGUGGCUGGCAGCAUGGGCACCGGGCGGGGGGGCGAGGCGGCCGGGCUCCCUGCGCUCCUCGGCUGAGCCCGGGGAUGUGCCGGCGCCCGGUGGAAUUAUUUUGGAACUAGCGCGGAGCGGUGGGAGGAGGGCGAGCGGCACAGCGUUUCACCAGCUGCGAGGAGGUCGUCCGGCUGUGCUGUAUAGGCAAACAAAUAUCACUUGCUGUGUCAUAGCACAUGGAUUUCAGGACUGCCUGUGAAGAGACAAAGACAGGGGUUUGUUUGCUGCAGGAUGGUAACCAGGAGCCUUUCAAAGUGCGACUGCACUUAGCCAAAGAUAUUUUGAUGAUCCAGGAGCAGGAUGUGAUCUGUGUGUCUGGUGAGCCUUUCUAUUCUGGUGAAAGAACAGUAACGAUCAGAAGACAAACUGUAGGAGGAUUUGGAUUAAGUAUAAAGGGUGGAGCUGAACAUAAUAUUCCAGUGGUCAUUUCUAAGAUUUCCAAAGAACAAAGAGCUGAACUUUCAGGUUUACUCUUUAUAGGAGAUGCAAUUCUACAGAUUAAUGGAAUUAAUGUGAGAAAAUGCAGGCAUGAAGAAGUGUUUGUUCGGUGGAGAUGGAAGAGGAAAGGAGAAUGGACUCUAUAUAAUUUUUCAAUAGUAUCCAGUGUUGGCCUGUUCCAGCCAGAUACAUGGAGGUUUCCAGAUGGCCCAUCCCAUACUUCUCAACCACUAGUAUGGUACAGUAUGGUUCAGGUCCUUCGCAAUGCGGGGGAAGAAGUGACCCUAACUGUGUCCUUUCUGAAAAGAGCACCUGCAUUUCUCAAACUGCCACUGAAUGAAGAUUGUGCAUGUGCCCCCAGUGACCAAAGCAGUGGCACAUCCUCUCCGCUAUGUGACAGUGGUUUGCAUCUCAACUACCACCCCAACAACACGGAUACAUUAUCAUGUUCCUCAUGGCCAGCAUCCCCAGGACUUAGGUGGGAAAAAAGGUGGUGUGAUCUUCGAUUAAUUCCUCUUCUACAUUCACGAUUUUCCCAGUACCUUCCGGGAUCAGAUUUGUGCAGGCAAAAUGCAUUCCAAGUAAUUGCUGUGGAUGGGGUUUGCAGUGGAAUAAUUCAGUGUCUCUCUGCUGAAGACUCUAUUGACUGGCUACAAGCAAUAGCAAGUAACAUUUCCAACCUCACAAAGCACAAUAUUAAAAAAAUCAACAGGAAUUUUCCCGUAAACCAGCAGAUAGUCUACAUGGGCUGGACAGAAGAACGGGAACAGGACUCCCUUCAGGAUCGAAUGUACACACCAAAGUUUCUAGCACUGAGAGGAUCUUCCCUCUAUAAAUUUAUAGCACCUCCAGUCACAACCUGGGAUUGGACACGAGCUGAGAAAACAUUUUCAGUUUAUGAGAUAAUGUGCAAAAUUCUCAAGGACAGUGAUCUACUGGACCGGCGGAAACAUUGCUUCAGUGUCCAGUCUGAAUCUGGAGAAGAUCUUUACUUUUCUGUGGAGCUAGAGUCUGACCUAACACUAUGGGAAAAAGCCUUCCAAACAGCGACUUUUUUAGAAGUUGAACGGAUACAGUGCAAGACGUAUGCGUGUGUUUUGGAGAGUCAUCUUAUGGGACUUACCAUUGACUUUAACACGGGCUUUGUUUGUUUUGAUGCUGCCACAAAGGCUGUGCUUUGGAGGUACAAGUUUUCCCAGCUCAAAGGUUCUUCAGAUGAUGGGAAGAGCAAAAUCAAGUUUUUGUUCCAAAACCAAGAUACUAAACAAAUUGAAGCAAAGGAGCUGGAGUUUUCCAACCUGUUUGCAGUCCUUCACUGUAUCCACUCAUUCUUUGCAGCCAAAGUGGCUUGUUUGGACCCUUUGUAUGUAGGCAGCCAAGCCACAGCUUCUGCUCUUCCCACAACUUCUGGUACUGGCAAAUUAAAGUAUACUACUUGACAUCUCAUAUGACAGCACUGCCACUUAACAAGGACACAUAACAAUGUAUAAAUAUUCAUAAGAUUUAGACCUUUGGUGAACUAUGUACGUGGAAACCAAUCCUGGAGGCAAGACAUCUUGCAACAUCAGCAGAUAAAUGGUCACAUGGGAUCAUAAUUUCAUCUCAGUUCUGCAAGACGUCAGUAAAUAAUACUAGUCGAAACCCCAGAAUAGGAUGGAUAUGCUUUUAGUAUUAUCUAUUUGUACUUACAUAGUGCUUUAAACAACACUGGAAGCAAAGGAAUAAAUGAUGAAAUGAAGCACUUGAGUAUUUAAUAAAAAUUUCAAAUUGCUGUAAUAAUACACAAAAAGAAUUGUCAUUUUCCUGUUUUCAGAUUUUUUUAUGACAAUAUACUAAACUCUGAGUAUGAAUAUAAUGCCCUAUCAUUAUAUUAUAAAUGAGAGCAAGCAGUAAGCAUAUAAUACAUGGUGAAAAGGAGAUAAGCAUGAAAAGUCAUUUGUGUAAGUAUCUCCUCAAAUAAGAAAGCACUUUAAGCACUGCUGUAAAUCCAUACUUGUGUCCAUACAUGGAGUCAUGCUACUUUUUCCAUUUUGUUUUCUUAGUCUAACAGUAACAACAACAAAGAUACAGCCAUACUGGACUGAUAAAUUAAAACCAAACCAAAAAAAACAAGGCACAAAAAGCAAAACACCUUUUCAUGGGUAAGACCCUCUUCUUCAAGUAAAAAUAAUGGCAUAUGAAUUUAAUUGUAAUAACAAAUUAAGUGCAAGUACAAAAAAUAUCGUCAGCUGUUUACUUCCUCCUUUUUUUUUGUCAAGAGUACUGUAAAUCUAACAGUCUUUGUUCACAAGAUUUUGAAUUUGUUUCAGAGACAACCCACUUAAUAGGUUUCUUCCAUGGUUUAACCUUGAUUUCAUAAGUAGGAUGUCUGCUCCACUCAAGCUCUCAAGAAAUAGACGUUUUACAUUAUGCUUGGAAAAUUAGUGCACUCUUUGAAUUCUUAACAAUUUAUAUUUUAUAGAUCUACAUUGUUAGAAAAAACAGGAAUAAUUUAAAUAAACUGUAAUGAAUAGAUUACAAAAUGGAUAAUUUCUUUGUCUGUUAAGACCAUUACAUCACUCUGGACCAUGUACUAAUUCGAGAGUAUCAUUUAAAGUUGAAAUAUGAGGGACUUGUAAAUUUAAAAUUAAUAACUUUAUUUAAUUACAGUUUUGCAAAAUAAUUUAAUACUGUACUAUGACACACAUCAGUGAACAUGGGAAAAAGGUGUGAGGAUGUGUGUGAUAUAGUUGAAACAACAGAAAAGGUGAGGGAUUUUUUCUUUUGAUAAACAGGAAAGAGAACCAAAAAAAUACGGGAAGAAUAGUUAGUGAGCUACAGUUUGGGCAAAACAUUUUCAGUAGUAUUUGUGGGUUUUCUGCUUAUUAUAUUGUAAUCAAAACUUCCUUUCUUUCCCCCCCCCCCACUUAGACUUGUCAAUAGCAGGUAUGGACUAGGGACACCAUCUGCCUUUUUUAGCAGACAUGCAAAUUCUUUCGCAUUCCUUUCUACGUAUUAAGAUAAUUAAAAACUUCAAAAGUGAGGCCAGAGAAAAGCUUAUCAAAAUGGGAACAAUUCAAACUGCAAGGCAGUUUUAUUUUGCUUUGCAUUAGAAGUAUUUAGAUUUACAUAUGUGGGAGUUACAUUGCUUUGACGUAUAACUGAUCUAACUUGAUACUAGCUCCAAAUAAUCAAAAAAUGUAUUUUUCUGAGGACUCUUUUAUCACUUUCAAAUGUUUUUCAGUACACAUUUACUUCCUUCUGGUACACCUCCAAGGGCUACACAUUUAUUUUUAAUUCUAAAUAUAGUGGAAUGAUGUCAUAAUCCAGCUAUUAAAUACUAUAAGUGUCAUCAAAAUCCAACAUUUUCAUAGGCAUCAUCAUGUAUUUGUUCAUAUGAAUUGUCCUUAAAUAAGGGCAUCACGUACUGGUCUCUGAGUGACAGAUAGAACUACCAUGGCUGUCCAUAGGAUCUUGAGUUUGCUCCUGGGAGAGUACAAUCCCCAAAUACUUUGAAUCCAAAGCUGCAACAGUCUAAGAGGUUUAACAGUUGUGUCCUUGUCAAGAAAGCAUAUACUGGAAACACAGAUCUUGGCAGAGUGCUGACAGUGCUGAAAACAGAAGUCUGAUAUCUGUUAAUGACAGUUCUCCUCCUCAGUGCUCCCAAAUCAUCUCCUUGUUUCAGUGCAUUGCUGUGGCAUUCAGCUAUCACAGUGUCGGCAUACGCUAACACCUCAGUGCAUGCUCUGCUGGCACUGGCAGAAUGUAAAACUAGUCAGCUGCCAGUUGUAUGUUUUUCCUUCAACCGUCCAUGUUAUGUGCACUUUUGUACCACUGAAACUGAGAGGUAUUUAAGAGAUGUGCUUGAAUGAGCAUAACAUUUACCCAAACCAGCACAAAGUAUGUCAUUGGAAAUUUCUGUAGAUGAAGGGAUUCCAUCAUAUGACAGCCCCC